AGUUUUUCCCAAAAAAAAAAGUAAAAUGAGAAGUACGAAGAAGGGAACAAAGACAAAGGAUUGAGAUCCUGCUUAUCAAUCUAGUACUGUAAUACGAAGUAGUAGUAAUUUCCUUAAAAUUACACAUUCCUCUGUUUCUCUAUCUCAUCUGCAAUUGUCAAACAGUGUUCAUGGCUUAACAACAACAACAGGAUUCUUGUUAUAGAACACUCUAAAAGUGAAGAAAAGCCGAUAGGUGUUUGCAAUUAACUUUCCAAGGAAAAUGAAGGAGAAGAGUAGUUAUGUACCACCUCGUUAUAUUCCCCUGGGACAGUCAGAUAGAGAGGAGUCGGAUUUAGAGAAAAGUAUACUUUCUCCUUCUGAUCAAUCUCCUACAAAGGAUGAAAGUGUCAGUGAUUUGCCAGUUCAAUGGUCCUCUGGAAUAUGUGCGUGUUUCGAUGAUCUACAGAGCUGCUUCAUUGGUACGAUAUGCCCGUGCUAUCUUUUUGGAAAGAAUGCUGAAUUUCUAGGACCUAACAAUUUCAUGGGAUCUUGUACUACCCAUUUUAUUAUAUGCGGCCUUCUCAAUUCCUGUUGCUGCUUGGUAACGGGAGGUCUGCUUCUUGGAUUUCCUGGAUGCUUUGCUGCAUGCUAUGCUUGUGGAUACCGGAAAGCAUUAAGGACAAAGUAUAAUUUGCAGGAAGCUCCGUGUGGGGACUUUUUGACACAUCUUUGCUGCCAUAUGUGUGCCGUAUGUCAAGAAUACAGGGAAAUCCGCGAAAGGUCUGUGGACAUCAAUCCAAAUGCAGAGAUGGUAGAAGUCACAGCUCCUCCAAUCCAGACAAUGGAUUUGGCUGUGCGGCAAUAAUCCCAUACAUUUUGUUGUUUAAGGUUUUGUUCCUUUAAAAAUAGGGUUGUCACAUUAGUUACAAGAUAGUAAAUGUUUUUCAGGCUACACUUGGUGGCAUUAGUUUGUUUUUCAAUGACAAUAAAGAUGUAGGUAGGAAUCCUUGUAGAUGCAUAACUUGGUUUACUUUAUCAAUGUAGAUGAGUAGGUUGGAACACAAUGGGUCUUUCUGACAGAAUGAAAAAACCUUUACAAUAUAAAUAUUGAAAGAACUAUGCUAUAGGUAAUGCUUUUACUUA